AUGGCAGCCCCAAAGAGAAAGGUCAUCUCAAUCAGCUACCCAGCAUGGGCAGGAGAGGAAUACAUGAAAGAUUUCGAGUCAAAGUAUGAUCUCCAUACAGUUAUACCUGGAGAUCGACAAACGACGAUUGACAGACUCGCAGCCAAAGCGAAAUCGGACGGCCCAUUUGAUGCCAUUGUCAUCUUGAUGGGAAUAAAGCUUUAUGAACCAUUCGAUGAAGAGCUUCUCCGCUCUUUGUUGCCUCAAUGUAAAAUCAUGGCAUCGGCAAGUGCAGGCUAUAACGAAUUUGAUGUCGACUGGAUGUCACGAAACGGGAUCAUCUUCUGCAACAGUCGCAAUGCAGUGAAUGAGUCAACGGCAGACCUAGCAAUCUUCUUCAUGCUAGGAAUCAUUCGAGAUGUCCAGCGUUUGUCGACCAGCAUCGCCAAUGGUACCUGGAGAGGAAAGUUGCGCCUCGACAAUAGCCAGGGAAACCCCCCGGAAGGUAUACUGGCACCCACGAGAGAUCCAGCAGGAAUGAGACUUGGGAUUCUAGGAAUGGGUUCAAUUGGAAAGCAUGUUGCCCGACGAGCCAGGGUGUUCAAUAUGAAAAUCAGCUAUUGGCAACGUACGCGACUGUUACCCGAUGAAGAAGCGCUCUACGAUGCAACAUGGUGCUCAUCUCUCGAUGAACUUCUUUCGACGGCAGACGUCUUGACGCUUCACUGUCCGCUCAACGACAAAACCGAAGGGUUGAUUGGCCGUGAGCAAUUUGCCAAGAUGAAGGACGGUGUCUUCUUGGUCAAUACCUCACGAGGUCCUGUCAUUCAGGAAGACGCACUCAUUGAGGCGCUCGAGAGUGGUAAGGUCGCGCGUGCAGGCCUCGACGUUUUUGACAAUGAACCCAAAAUCAACCCAUACUUCAUCAGGAAUGAUCGAGUCAUGAUUCAACCACACAUGGGUGGCAUUUCGGAUAUUGCCUGGCAGCGAGCGUACCGAGAAGCUUUGGAAAAUGUUAGAUCGUUCUUGGAAACAGGCAAAGCCAUCUCGCCUGUAAACAUGGCUGAAGUCCAACAACAUCGGCAAGCCAACGGGACCUUGACAAAUGUUCCAGAUACUGGUCGUGAUUACGCUUAUGAGGCCAAGAACCACCCCUUGACAAGCCUUCCAGAAGUCGCUCCUUCAGUAGGGAACUUGAGCCUCGCAAUGUACGGUAUGGCGAACCAGAAUGGCAACCGCAGCCAUGUCGGCAUCGUGGGGAGUGGCAUCAUUGGCCUGACGACCGCCUUGAUCCUGUCACAAGCAGGCUACCGAGUCACCAUUGUUGCACGAGAGCUUCCCGGGGACGACUCAACGAAAUGGGCGAGUCCAUGGGCGGGAGCUGUGAUAUUGCCUGUUGCUACUGAUGACGACCGUGACAAGAAAAUGCAACUUGCAUCAUUCCGAUUCUACUGGGCAUUGGCACAUCAAGACCCAACCAGUGGAACCCAGACUGUCAAAGUCAGCGAGUACUGGGAUGAUCCCAACCACAAAAGCACCGGCGCUUGGUAUGAAAAGGUAAUCCCAGGUUGUCGGCCCCUGACGCAGGAUGAAUUGCCGCCGGGGACUUUCUCAGGAAAUAGAUUCACUGCUUUGGCUGUCAAUCCAGACGUCUACCUUGUUUGGAUCAAGGAAAAGCUAGAGGCAGAGUAUGCUGUGGCAUUCAUUCGUGCUGGGGUUGCUUCUCUCGACCAGGCACGAGAUAUGAUCCGAUGUGAAGUCGUGGUCAAUGCAUCAGGCCUUGGAGCUGAGCAAUUAGCCUCUGACCCUCAAGUCGUGGGAGUCCGUGGCCAAACCAUGCUCGUAGAACCACCUGUGGAUAUCAGUAGUCCAUCCGGUUUGAUGGACAAGGAAGUCAAAAUCCGCCGUGGUAGAGAGUACACAUAUGUUCUGCCACGGUUACUGUCUGGCGGUGUCAUUAUAGGCGGCAUUUCCGACGAAGGAAACUUGAACACCGAGGUCAGUCCACCAUUGAGGGAAGAUAUCAUUCGCCGCGUCAACAUCAUGACAAAUGGUAUGUUUAAAGAUGUGAAGAUCAAGCGAGAUAUCGUCGGCAUUCGGCCAGAUAGAAAAGGGGGCUAUCGCUUGGAAAGGACAGGCAAAGUUGUACACGCGUAUGGAUUUGGAGGGGCCGGGUUCCGAUACAGCGUAGGUGCAGCACAAGUCGUAAAAGCUUACAUCGACCAGCUGUUGGCCGACCAGGCGCUGUCAUCGUUUUCAAAGUUAUAG